AUGGAAAACAGCAAUUACUCCGAAAUCGCAGAAUUUAUUCUUGUGGGAUUUUCUGAAGUCAAAUGGAUUCGAAAGUUCCUGUUUUUGAUGUUUUUAUUGACAUAUGUGAUUACCGUGCUUGGAAACAUGACUAUAAUUGUUGCCUAUUCACUUACCCAAAAACUCCACAAUCCCAUGUACUUUUGCCUUUCGAAUUUCUCCUUUCUGGAUAUCUGUUAUGUGUCUGCAACUGUUCCCAAAGCGUUAUCGAACCUCCUAGCGGAGGAUAAAACAAUCAGUUUUUAUGGAUGUGCCCUACAAAUGUACUGCGUUUUGCUUAUGGGCGGCACGGAGUGCUACAUGCUGGCAGCCAUGGCGUACGAUCGCUAUAACGCCAUAUGCCACCCGCUCUUAUAUAGCACUAUAAUGACCAAGAGAGCUUGCAUUUUGCUUAUAGCGGGGUCAUGGAUUAUUGGCGCCCUAAAUUCUCUUAUACACACAGUCCUGGCCUUCACUUUACCCUUCUGCAGCCAUGAGAUUAAUCACUUCUUUUGCGAUGUCCCCCCGUUACUGAAGCUGUCCUGUACCGACACCUUUGCCAAUGAAAUUGUCGUUUUCUUGGUCGCCGGAUGCGUUAUUGUUGGUUCACUUAUAUUAACCAUACUUUCUUACAUAUAUAUAAUAUCAACUAUUCUAAACAUUCAUUCAAGUUCAGGGAGGAAAAAAGCUUUCUCGACCUGUACUUCUCACCUUACAGUUGUUGCCAUAUUUUAUGGUUCUGGAAUAUUUAUGUAUUUUAGACCCAAAUCGAAGUAUGCUAAAUAUCAGGAAAAACUUGUCUCUGUUGUGUAUACAAUUAUCGCACCGAUGUUAAACCCUUUUAUAUACAGUCUGAGAAAUAAUGACGUAAAAGAUGCUGUUAGUAAUGUAGGGCGCCGAAUAAUUGGAACUCACAGGUAUUAGUUUCUCUGUAAUGCCUUCGGCAACUGUUUUUUUGUAUGAAGCCGUCCUUAAAACGCAUAUAAAGCUGAAUCAUAUAAAAUAUAUGAAGCUAUGAGUAUAGAUUUAUGGAGCAAUAUGUUAUCACUGUUUGACAAAAACCUGAAAAUAAAUCAUUUUUGCGUUGAUACA